AUGCCUGCAUGUGUGGUGUUGUUCCUGGUUUUACCUCCCAGUGUUCCCAGUUCAGUGGAAGAAGGAGUAUUUCGAACCAGAUGUCUCGAGCGUCACUUCUGGCUUUCUGUCAAGUCCAGCUUCCUCACCCCGACGAUUCGAUUUUACUUUGAAGACCAGUCUGGAUCGCACUUCCUGUCUUCUCGGGAGGCCACACUGUGUGGCUACACCAUCCUAAUCAAUGAUGUUGGAGACGUUGUGUUUCGUGCCUCAUUCCUGGCCUGUCAUGUCAGUCAGGCAGGAACAGAGUAUCGUCUACGUCUCUGGUUUGUAAAUUGGCAGGUUGAUGGCAAAAUGACAGCGUUCCCCUUUCAGCUUCACUGCUCACUGCAGGGCCAGUGGAGCACGAGAGAGAUAACCUGUGAGGAAAACUACAUGGAGGUCUCCAUCCAGCAACCUAUACUCCCUGCUACGACCAAAAAUAAAAAGGAUGAACUUGGUGAGGCAGAUGUGGCUGUUAUGUUCAGCAGAGGUGAAGCUGGGUCAGAGGAAGCCAUGUUGUCUCUAAGAGAGGCUUCUGCUCUCGGCUACUACAUCUCUCUGAGCACUUCACGCCUAAUCCUCCGCUGUCCCUAUUCCUCCCCGCUGUCAUACUUCAUCAAGGAAAAAGGGCUGGAUUUAGAGGUGGUCAGCUCCGUCAUCUUGUACAGAGCUGCCUUCCUGGCUGUCAACAUCUCUAUUGCCUGUGUUCUGAGUGAGGCCACGGCAGACGGCUCUGACCUGCUGUGGACCGUCCCUUAUGUCGUUUCUCCUCUCGUUCAUGGACAGUUCAGGGACAGAGGCAUAAGGAUCGAUUUGAAUGGCCAUUCUCUGAGUGAAUCUGACAUGGAAGAGAGGGGUUACAAGGUUACUCUGCAGGAGGGGCGAGUGGAGGUCAGGAUUCCUGCAGGAGCCCAGGGUGUACAUAUUCAGAGCGGUGCUGUUAGAGGACAGUACAGUCAGUCCAUGUCAGUGGAUCUGAUGUUCAUGAGUCAGUGGGAGGACCAGCGCUGGCCUCUCACACAGCAUCGCUCUUUCAGGCUCCUUAAGACUCCUCUCAUCCCACAAACCCUGGUCUUGACCAAAGAUAAAGUCUCACCCAGGGGAUUCCUUUCAGUCACUUUAGGCCACUUCUCACCUCACGUGCACCUCAAGAGAGUGACAGUAGACGGUGGCGGUAACCUUUUAACCUGGUCCAAAAAUCCUCAACGACAGAGCGACAAAGACUUUGUGGUGUCCAGGCUUACCCACUCCAACAGGAGCUCCUCCUACCAGCUCCGCCUCCCGAUGUCACAUCCAAAGAUUAUCCCAGAGCAUAUAGGUGGCGGGUAUAAGGUGUUUGGCCUCACUUUCAUCUUUACUCUUUCCAUCUCACCCACUGAAGAGGUCUUUUACCAUCAAGCCACUGUAGAGCACAGUGUUGAAUAUGAAGGUGAGUGUAGUUUGCUGCCAGCCGUUUUGAAAUGCCGUCUAUGUUUUUGGGUUCAUUUGAACAUUAUGCCUCAGUUUAUCAUUUAUACAUUACAACUUCCAGAUCACAGAGUGGGGAAGUGCACAGAGAGCAGCCUGCUGGUGCUGCUGCACUAUGGAGCUCUGGAUGAACUGCAGUGGGAGCUCUUUGUUGGAACCCACAGGCUGGAUUGGGACCUGAUGGAGAUGGUGUGUUUGCCUGAAGGGAGGAUGGUGGCUAUAGUUGACACCACCCACACCAUCCCACCCACCCUUCCCAACCGGACCACUCUGUUAGAUCCCAGCUGCGUUCCAUUGGAGACGGACAGUGCUAGAGCUCUGUUUAGCUUCAGCCUCAACUCCUGUGGGACAACUGUGACUACUGAGGGAAACUAUCUUGUUUAUGAAAACCAGAUCAGUUACUCUAAAGGCGCUCUGUCUUUCCUUGAUCCGGUCAUACGCAGAGAUUCUCCAUAUAGGUGAGAAAUGUACACUGGACCAAUUCUGGUUUUAGAAAAUCAAACUAGUAUUAAAGAAGUGUGUUUUAGGCUGACGAUCCAGUGCCGCUACCCAGUGAACGAUACGACUACUUUUGCUGUCUAUCCUCAUUUGAAUCCAUCUCUGGACCAGUCAUUCGCCACACACAGGGAAACUGCCAACACAGGUGUGUGUUGAAAGUGUGACUUGCAUUUUUAAAAUAAUUUUGAUCUGCUUUUUGAUUUGCAAUACUUAUGUAUGAAAAUUUACCUCAUUCAGGUCAAGGACAAUGGAGGGUGAAUUUAGGUCAUUAACGUUUACGGUGUUAAGGUAGUGCUGCUGUAAAACUUUAUUUAAACUGUAUUCAAAUUAUCAGCAACUCUGUGCUAAAUGUGCAGUUAAUUGUACUGAAGCAUUUUUUAACAUAUUUGUAGUGUCAAAUAUGUCAAAGAUAAUUAUUACAUCCAUGUUUAUCAACAUAUUAAUGCCCUCCUCUUUUCUAUUAUUUCCUGUAGAUGACGUGGACUCUUUUUUUCAUGCUGCUACCGGACCUGUAAAUAAGUGAACGUUCUUUUAUCGUUUGUUGUAUUUGUGUGAAAUUCUUUAUUUAUCUUUUUUGUUUGUCCAAUAAUGUGUGUGAUAAUCAGUGAAAGGUUCGUGCUGUUUUUUGUAAAGAGGCGUUUAAAGUAUUAAAGACUGCUGGUAAACCUUGUCUACUUAUGCUUUACAUACACAAUCAUGGUUCAUAAGUAGUGUUAUUGUUAUUACUACUACUGAUAUGGAAAGAAAGCAGAGUUGAUUUCUGACACA